AUGUCUGUGGGGAGUGUUUUGGUAACAAGGGCCACCGCAACUUCUGAUAAAGAUAGUGACGGUGGUGAUGGUGUUGCAGUGACUGAUGAUACUGCCACUGCUACUGUUAUGGAAGGUAUCGCUACCCUGAGUGAAGAAGAUAAAAUACAGGAGUGUGAUGUGCAGAAUACAGUUGGUGUAAUUGUACGUGUGCGUCCACUCUCCACGGUGGAACAUGCUGAUCCUUCUGUGAAGAGUGUUGUCAAUUGUCUUAAGGACAGUAUCGUUGUUAACGGUGCAUUAUCACCUUCAUCACGCUACUUUGGUGCCCGCAAUGCGCAACCACGACCGCAGCACUUUAAGGUGGAUAAAGUCUUUCAUCCACACAGUACACAGAUUGAGGUGUACGAAGCAUGCCGAAGUAUUGUGGCUGGUGUUUUUGAUGGCAUGAACGGUUCCAUCCUUGCGUAUGGAGCUACUGGUUCUGGCAAAACACACACAAUGUUUGGGGGUAGUAUGAGUGUAGCGGGAGUUAUCUACCAAGCUGUUCAGGAUAUUCUUGAGGCAAAGGAACGGCUGGAGAUGGAGGAUGACAAGACCGUCACUGUACGUUGUACUUUUCUAGAGGUGUACAAUGAGGAAGUGUUUGAUUUACUCGCUCCGUCGAGCCCACGUGGGAAGCGGAAGGCGCUUAAGGUGCAGGAUCUUGGUCACGAUGACAUGAACAACAACAAUGGUGAAGAAGGCGGAAAUGCUGGGGUGAACCCGGAGAGUCUUAAUGUGAAGGGACUCACAUACUUCACUCCCGAGACCGCAGAAGAUUUUGCCAAAUGUGUGGAACAGGGUCAUACCAAUCGUUUUGUGGCCGCUACAAACGCAAACGCCCAAUCAAGUAGAUCUCAUGCUAUUCUUACAAUGGAAGUAGAAGUAAAGGAUAGAGUAGAUGCAACACUUGGUACCGUUGGGCGUAUUCGUUUUUGUGAUUUAGCAGGAUCUGAAAGAGCGGCAGGUACAAGUAAUUCUGGUAUUCGUCUGCGUGAAGGUGGUAACAUUAAUCGUUCACUUUUAGCAUUAGCUGCUGUUGUACAAGCGCUAGCGCAGCGUAAGAAACAUCAUAAAAGAGCAAUUUAUGUUCCCUACCGUGGUUCUAAAUUAACUAGACUUUUAAGAGACUGCUUAGGUGGGAAUUGUCGAACAUUAAUGCUCUUUUGUGUUAGUCCUAGUAGUGUACAAUAUGAAGAAACCGUUAAUACAAUGCUUUUUGCAAUGCGUGCUAAAGAAAUUCAAGUAGCAGCUAAACGUCAUGAGUUUAAAGUAGAUUCAAAAGAAGUUGCAAAAAGUCAAGAAGCACUUAUAGAGGAUCUUCGUAUGGAACUAGCAUUAGCACGAGAUGAACUUUUGCGUUUAAAAGGAGGUACUUAUACUUCAAAUAUGGGUAGAACUCCAUUUUCAACGCUUUCCCAACCAUUACCUUUAAAUUCCCCAUCUGUAGCACCCUUGUCAUCUAGAAGGGGUGAUGUACAAGUUUUAUCUGCAGGUCCAUUAACGUUUGAAACGGAAGGACGUCCAGAUUCAUUAGAAGCUUCACCUGCUCAUGCUCCUCCAUCACAUCGCGUGUCUUUUCGAAUGUCGGUAAUGGCUGAAGGUUCUGAAGCGUAUACAGAGCUACAAAAUAAAUUAAAAACUUUUUCUGUUGCAAAGGAAACAUUAUAUCGAGAGAUGCGAGAAGCAGAACAAUCUAAUAGUGAAUUAGAUAUGCGAUUAAGGCAACAUAAAUGGAAAUUAGCCCGAUUUUUAUCUACUAGAAAAAGAAACAGUAAUACUGGAGCAGAUGGGGUAAAGGUUACCCCUGUUGGUGUAGCAGGUCUUCGUCAUGCGAUUGAGCAAAUGGAAGCAGAAUCUGCCGCUCAAGGUGGGGAAAUGAAACGAUUAUUAGAAAAAAUGAAUGCCACAGAUCGUACUAUAGCAAAUAUUCGUGGAGAAUUACUACGAGAGAGACAACAUCCCUUACUUGAACUUCUCUUAGAUAAUGUGAAACUUCGACAAAGUUGUACAGAAGCGGAAUGUCUGGCAGCACAUUAUCACCAAGAAUGUCGAUCUAGCAUGAACCGAGAAGAAGAAUAUGCACAAUCACUUGGUAUUUGCGUUUCAGCCAUACGACAUAUGCUUCCCUUAGCUUGUAGUAAUCCAGCUUUAUUAGAGGAGGCUCAAUUGGCAUUGAUAUUUGCCAAUUUACCUUCUUUAUCUACAACAGAUAUGAUAGCAGUUUUUGAGCGUUCUAUGAAUACUGGUUCUGCACCAUCCACGUUAUUCUUGGAUUCAUUCCGUUCAGCAUCACCUGUCGUGAGCAUGGAAGCACGUCUAGAACGUAUGGUGCAGGAUCGUACACCUGGAAAAGACACCACCGCUCGUCCCCUUCCUUUACGAAAAAUAAAACGAAACGGUGUUGUGGGUACGUUACGUAAAGAUAAAGUCUCUCGCACUACGGAUGUGAGGAGUAAUAAUCUCCCGGUGGCCCCCAAAAAGACACGUACGGGUCCUGAGCCGUUCGUCUCGUCGUACAGUACGACUGGACUACGGCGACUGGCAGCCAACGGGACGGCGCCGCUACGGAGGUCGCCAGAUUCGACGAACGCUUUUCUUCGCCCCACCGAUGGAAAGAAAAGUGUAUCUUUCGCCGCAGCGAAGAAAGGAGCAAGUCCUAAUGGACUACCAUCGCGCCAUACGAGCAGCACAGCUGCAGGGUCAGCCACAGCAGCAACGAGAACAGGAGUGAAGAGUGGGGUCAAGAUGUCUGCUGCACCCACACCCUUUGCUCGAUCACACACGGCAAGUGAGGCGCUACAUGGGGGCCAUCGUAAAAAUGGUAAUGCGCUAUCCCUUGCGAAUCGCGGUUCUAGUCAUGAGCGAGAGCGAAAACCAAGACUAUCACCCCCAUCACGUGCUUUUUGUAGUCCAAAGAAAGAGAAUGGUGAUACAGCACGACAGAAGCGUAAUCAUGUAACAUUCACUCCAAGUGGUGAUGAUGGCCGUACUAGUACUAGUACUGCUGCUGGUGCUUUGGCUACACCAAAGAAACGGCUCCAUAAUGCGGAUCUUGUGGAACGGUACGACAAACUUCUUAGUGAAGUGAGGCAGUGGCACCAUGAAGUUGGGAAUGCUGCAGUACGAAAUAACCAUGCAGCACGAGAUUCUGUGAGUACUCCUUAA